AUGUGCGAGGGUAAAAAAGUGACGUUUGACCCCAGCGAGAACGAUGUAGACCUUGGCGAGCUGCUCGUUGGACCAUAUGACAACACAGUGGUUCUGGAAGAGCUCAGAGCUGGCACAAAGCUCUCUGUGAAUGUGUUUGGAAUGCCACUGGCUGGAGAGGAGAAGACCACCCUCUCUGACGCACCUGAGCCCCCACCCAUCAAUCUGCCAGAGAUCAAAUGUAAGACCAGUGCCAAAGCAGACAUUAUUCUGCUAGUGGAUGGCUCAUGGAGCAUCGGGCGUCAGAACUUCCAGACCAUCCGUGCGUUCAUUGGUCGCAUGGUGGGCGUCUUCAAUAUUGGCCCGAACCUGGUUCAGAUCGGCUUGGCUCAGUACAGCGGUGACCCCAAGACCGAAUGGCAUCUGAAUGCUUACAAAACCCGUAAGGAAUUGUUGGAUGCUGUGGCCAACCUGCCAUAUAAAGGAGGCAACACAAUGACAGGCCUUGCUUUGAACUACAUCCUCCAGAACAACUUCAGACCCAAUGUGGGACUGCGACCUGACUCUAAAAAGAUUGGUGUGCUUAUCACUGAUGGCAAAUCUCAAGACGAAAUUAUCAAAAACUCUGAAAACCUGCGGAAGGAGGGAAUUGAGCUGUAUGCAGUCGGUGUCAAAAAUGCGGAUGAAGAUGAAUUGAGGUCCAUUGCCUCAGACCCUGAUGAUAUCCACAUGUACAAUGUGGAAGACUUUUCCUUCCUGCAGGACAUUGUGGACGGACUCACCGACAACCUGUGUAACAGUGUCAAAGGUUCAGGUGGCCCGGAGCCACCCACCAACUUGGAGACCUCUGAGGUGACCCACCGCUCCUUCCGCGCCACCUGGACUGCACCAGCAGGGUCCGUGGAGAAGUACCGGCUGGAGUACAUGAUCGCGGUCGGGGGGCCUACUCAUGAGAUGUCUGUCAAUGGAACAGUGACCACUGCGGUCCUCAAUAACCUGAAUCCUCUGACCGAGUACAUUGUCAAAGUUUUCGCCGUCUCUGGGAAUGUGAGCAGUGAGCCAUUGAAAGGCACAGAAACCACCCAAAUCAAAUGUAAGACCAGUGCCAAAGCAGACAUUAUCCUGCUAGUGGAUGGCUCGUCGAGCAUCGGGCGUCUGAACUUCCAGACCAUCCGCGCGUUCAUUGGUCACAUGGUGGGCGUCUUCAAUAUUGGCCCGAACCUGGUUCAGAUCGGCUUGGCUCAGUACAGCGGUGACCCCAAGACCGAGUGGCACCUGAAUGCUUACAAAACCCGUAAGGAAUUGUUGGAUGCUGUGGCCAACCUGCCAUAUAAAGGAGGCAACACAAUGACAGGCCUUGCUUUGAACUACAUCCUUCAGAACAACUUCAGACCCAAUGUGGGACUGCGACCUGACUCUAAAAAGAUUGGUGUGCUUAUCACUGAUGGCAAAUCUCAAGACAGAAUUAUCAAAAACUCUGAAAACCUGCGGAAGGAGGGAAUUGAGCUGUAUGCAGUCGGUGUCAAAAAUGCGGAUGAAGAUGAAUUGAGGUCCAUUGCCUCAGACCCUGAUGAUAUCCACAUGUACAAUGUGGAAGACUUUUCCUUCCUGCAGGACAUUGUGGACGGACUCACCGACAACCUGUGUAACAGUGUCAAAGGUUCAGAGAUCAAAUGUAAGACCAGUGCCAAAGCAGACAUUAUCCUGCUAGUUGAUGGCUCAUGGAGCAUCGGGCGUCAGAACUUCCAGACCAUCCGCGCGUUCAUUGGUCGCAUGGUGGGCGUCUUCAAUAUUGGCCCGAACCUGGUUCAGAUCGGCUUGGCUCAGUACAGCGGUGACCCCAAGACCGAGUGGCACCUGAAUGCUUACAAAAGCUGUAAGGAAUUGUUGGAUGCUGUGGCCAACCUGCCAUAUAAAGGAGGCAACACAAUGACAGGCCUUGCUUUGAACUACAUCCUCCAGAACAACUUCAGACCCAAUGUGGGACUGCGACCUGACUCUAAAAAGAUUGGUGUGCUUAUCACUGAUGGCAAAUCUCAAGACGAAAUUAUCAAAAACUCUGAAAACCUGCGGAAGGAGGGAAUUGAGCUGUAUGCAGUCGGUGUCAAACAUGCGGAUGAAGAUGAAUUGAGGUCCAUUGCCUCAGACCCUGAUGAUAUCCACAUGUACAAUGUGGAAGACUUUUCCUUCCUGCAGAACAUUGUGGACGGACUCACCGACAACCUGUGUAACAGUGUCAAAGGUUCAGAGAUCAAAUGUAAGACCAGUGCCAAAGCAGACAUUAUCCUGCUCGUGGAUGGCUCGUGGAGCAUCGGGCGUCAGAACUUCCAGACCAUCCGCACGUUCAUUGGUCGCAUGGUGGGCGUCUUCAAUAUUGGCCCGAACCUGGUUCAAAUCGGCUUGGCUCAGUACAGCGGUGACCCCAAGACCGAGUGGCACCUGAAUGCUUACAAAACCCGUAAGGAAUUGUUGGAUGCUGUGGCCAACCUGCCAUAUAAAGGAGGCAACACAAUGACAGGCCUUGCUUUGAACUACAUCCUCCAGAACAACUUCAGACCCAAUGUGGGACUGCGACCUGACUCUAAAAAGAUUGGUGUGCUUAUCACUGAUGGCAAAUCUCAAGACGAAAUUAUCAAAAACUCUGAAAACCUGCGGAAUGAGGGAAUUGAGCUGUAUGCAAUCGGUGUCAAAAAUGCGGAUGAAGAUGAAUUGAGGUCCAUUGCCUCAGACCCUGAUGAUAUCCACAUGUACAAUGUGGAAGACUUUUCCUUCCUGCAGGACAUUGUUGACGGACUCACCGGCAACCUGUGUAACAGUGUCAAAAGUUCAGAUGGCCCGGAGCCACCCACCAACUUGGAGACCUCAGAGAUGACCCACCGCUCCUUCCGCGCCACCUGGACUGCACCAGCAGGGUCCGUGGAGACGUACCGGCUGGAGUACAUGAUCGCGGCCGGGGGGCCUACUCAUGAGAUGUCUGUCAAUGAAACAGUGACCACUGCGGUCCUCAAUAACCUGAAUCCUCUGACCGAGUACAUUGUCAAAGUUUUCGCCGUCUCUGGGGAUGUGAGCAGUGAGCCAUUGAAAGGCACAGAAACCACCUUGCCAGUCCCCAGUGCGAGGAACCUGAGGGUGUUUGAUGAAACCACCACCACCAUGAAGGUCAGAUGGGAUGCUGCUGCAGGGGCCACCGGCUACCAGCUGCUUUACCGUGCAGUCAACGCCACUGUUCCCUCAGAGGAGAAGGAGGUGCGAGUCGGGGGAGGAGUGACCGAGGUCCAGCUGGAACAUCUGUUCCCCAACACAUUGUACAGUCUCUCCCUCAUCGCCCUCCACGGAGAAGAGGCCAGCGACCCCACAGUCAUCAAUCAAAGCUGGACAAAAUUAAUGCCCGGUUUUAACACAGUGUAGUGCAACCCAAUCAAAGGAGUCGCUAUUGAUCCACAAAGCUCAAUGCAAUUUCCUGCAGCAUAUCACCCUUCAAUGCUCCCAGCACAAAGCUGGUAUUUGCGCAGUCAAGCUUCAAUUUACAUGUACUGCUUCUAAGGCAAUUCAGAUUUCUGUGAAGAAAGAAGACCAUUAUUUUUAAUGACUCUCACUAAAACUGUAAAUGUU